CGCCUGGGCUCCGGUCUGAAGGCACACAGUCAGCGGCGGGCGGGCUGGCACAGUGCGGACGGACUGGAGCGGAUCCGGGAUUUGCGAUCAUAUUCCGCUGGACCAUGAGAGAAAGUGGAGUCAGACGCACUGAGCCGCAGCGAUAAGACAGCGCGCCACAAAAUGAAGACACCUAUGCGCCAUGGGGUAGCCGUGCUUCUCGUGCUCCUCCUGUGCGCCAGCUUGUUCCUCGUGUACAACGGCAGCUUCAACAUCGCUUCCAGGGACGCUAACGACACGCACACCCGACAACAUGAACAGCUGCGGCGGCCCACUGAAGCCUCCGUCAGCGUGGCCAAGCCUCACCCCCCGGUCCUCCAGGGAUACAGUGGCAUCAUCGACCAUAAGCCUCUCAGGAUGCACUGCCAGACCUGCGCCCUGGUGACCAGCUCGGGUCACCUCAUCGGAGGCGGUCGGGGCGAAGAGAUCGACCGGGCCGAGUGCGUCAUCCGCAUGAACGACGCCCCCACUGCCAGGGGUUACGGCCGCGACGUCGGCCGCCGCACUUCCCUGCGCGUCAUCGCUCACUCCAGCAUGCAGCGGGUCCUGAGGAGUCGUCACGAGCUGCUCAACGCCAGCCAGGACACAGUGUUCAUCUUCUGGGGCCCCAGCAGCUACAUGAGGCGUGACGGGAAGGGCCUGGUGUACAACAACCUGAGGCUGAUGAACCAAGUGCUGCCCAAACUCAAAGUCUACAUCAUCUCCUGGCAGAAGAUGCUGCAGUUUGACGAGCUCUUCAAGAAGGAGACCGGCAAGGACAGGAGGAUAUCAAACUCCUGGCUGAGCACCGGCUGGUUCACCAUGACCAUCGCCCUGGAGCUGUGUGAUAGGAUCAAUGUGUACGGCAUGGUUGCCCCUGACUUCUGCAGGGAGCCUCAGCACCAGUCUGUUCCCUACCACUACUACGAGCCUCGCGGUCCAGACGAGUGUGCCAUGUACAUAUCCCACGAGCGUGGGCGGCGGGGCAGCCACCACCGCUUCAUCACGGAGAAGCGGGUCUUCGCCAACUGGGCACGGACGUUUGACAUCCACUUCUACCAGCCGGACUGGAGCCCCCCGCCUCUCCCGGCCAACCGGACGAUGGAGGGAACGGUCACGGCGGCGGCAGCCAUGGUAUCCCUGAAGACGUGACCGGUGUUGUGGGGGAAGAAAAAUGCUUUAGAGAUUCAUGUCAGAAGGACUGAAGAUGGGGAACUGGACCCUUAACAGAAAGGACAAAACAUGAAGUAGGCAAGAAAAUAGUUAUCAGAAAUGAAGACUGAGUCUUGUUGACCCAGCUGGACUAUUGUUAUGAACAUCUCUCCAGCUCCACCACUGCAACUCCAGCAGUGCGUUUUGUUUACUGAGGUGAAGCAGAAACUUGUACAUCUCCUUUUGAAAACCUUGUAAAGUGAGGUUAUACAAGAAGGAAGCAUUAUCACACACUCCACUCUCAAUGCAUGCAGUGUCUUACUGUGGAUCUUCUCGGUCUUUGUCCAUUUGUGUGUGUGAUGUGUGUGAGUGUGUAUGCAUAUGUUUACCAGAGGGAUCACAGAGGAUACAAGUUGAGUUUGGGCUGUCCACAAAGCCUCGGUUGGGCAUUUAGAGGAUUCACUGCUUAUGGCUCACUGAAAGAGAAAUACCAUUACAAUGCCCUAUAAUAAUAACAAUGUGGUGCUGAGGACUGUGUGUGCUGAAUAGUAAUAAUUGUGUAGCCUGGUUUAUAUUUGAUAGUAUGAAUUGCCACUGUUCUGUUGUAUUCUGCAGUUUUCAAAGAUUGAGGAGGUCACGUUAAGAUGAGACUCUUUAGACUCCUGUUUCAUUCAGCAAAGCUGGGGCUCCUUCAAAGGAGGCAUAUAAAUCACCUCCCCAGCUUUCAUUUCCGCUGCCUUUUCAGAUGUGUGCAUUGUAAGGUCACUAAAGUGUCACCCGAGUCAAACUUUGCAAUGCAGCAUUUCCUGAUUGAAAGGAAAGAGCGUGUAACAUUCACUGAGGUUUUAUCUUGUGUGUGCACCUCCUCUGGACCCAUACGUAUGUAUCAUAAGGCUUUGUCAGCUGCUGUCGCCAGCUAAUAGCACAAUUUAUAUAGCUACACGCUGGAUCUCCAUGUAAAUGCACAGCCAUGUCACACAAGACAAGUGGGAGAUUAAGAUCGAGAGGAGGGAUGCAGCGGCGGCAUCUAUCCUUCUAUAUUCAUCUGCUGCUGCUUCUGUGAGCCUGAAUCGCCUCGCAGGAGAAUUACACCGUUUUGGAAGAGCACUGCGUUUUCUUUUUUUUGUUAAACUGAUGAGUAUGUGAUCUGUCACUCUCCCCUCUCUCGAUUGUGUGCACUCUUCUUUCAUUUGAUGGAGUGUGUGCUACAUGUGGACUACCCCCCUGCCCCUCUCUAUCUAGGAUCCUCAACCCUCCACCACCCCACCCUGCUCUUUCUCUAUGAAUAAGAAUCAGGUGUCAGUCAGAAAGUGAUGGGACGUGUGGUUAUCGAAAUGAUACAUCCCUGGUUCUAAGUCCCUAUUGAUUUUUGCCCUCAUCUCUGUAACAUUAGUAAUGAGUGGACAGAUGCUGUGGGUGAGAUACCAUGAGAACGUGUUUCACAUUGUGUUUCCUUGUUGUAGAUGAGGACAUGAUUGCUUUUCAUACAUCAACAGCUGCAGGAGUGGUGCUACUGUACGUCGCCUGGCUCUGAGUGCUGCUGACUUUGUGCUGUCGCUAAGAUCGAGAUGAGUGUUUGUUUUCCACAGAUGUUGACUCAUCUGUGAAUGGCUGUGUGCCAUUGUAUGUAUUAGCAAAGUUUCUGCCUAAUUAAGUCAGUACUGACAUCAAGGUAAGUUAUUUAGGGCUGCGAUAGCUUAUUAUUUUCAUCAUAAAUUAAUCGUUUGGUCUUUAAAAUGUCAGAAAAUAGUGAAACCAAGUACCUGGAGCCCAAGGUCACAUUUUCAAAGUGCUUGUUUUUUGAAACCAACUGUCUAAAACCCAAAGAUAUUCAAGUUACAAUGAUACAAAACUGAGAAAAGCAGCAAAUCCUCACAUUUCACAUGCUGAAACUGAGAAAUAUUGGACAUUUAUGCUUGAUUAAAAAAACUAGAGUUGUUCCCUUUUUUGCCUAGAGUUAAAUGACAACAUAAAUGCCUCUUUCGUGUCUGUACAGUAAUGUAUAUGUAGAUUAAGCUGGUUAGCUUAGCUUAGAACAAAGAAAAAAACUAAAUAUAAAAAGGACACCUCUCUUUUUGUGCAGAUGAAACAAAGCAGAUAUAACAUAUUAAAUAAUGAGAUUAAAAGGUGCUGAAGAUGGAUUUAGCUGCCCUUAGACAGAGUGGGUGGGUCUAGCUCUUUUCCCCUGCUUUUAGGCUUAAUGCUAUUUACUGUACAGAAAUGACAGUGGUGUCAUUCUGGACAUCUAACUCUAGGCAAGAAAGCACAUUUUCCCAAAAGAUCACACAAUUCCUUGUAACAAUUUAUCACUUUUCGCUUCUGAUUAAUUCUCUGUUCCUCAACUAAUUGACUGAUCAUGUCAGCGCUGAUGUUAAUCUGUUUUCUUUUUUUGCACAUAAUGGAAACUGUCACUCCACUCAAUAAAAUACUUUUUAUCCGUA